GAGACAGCAGAGACUUCCUGGUGGGAACAAAACUCAGCAGCACGCAGAUCAUCAGCAAGGCGGCACUAAACACAACAGGGACCACCAGAAACUCUACCAAGGAGGCCAGGCCCCUCACUCCUCAGGCAGGACGAGCCACCAUGGCUACAGCCAGAACCGGAGAUGGCACCACAACCAGAAGCACUCGCCCAAUGACAAAGAAAUGCACAGAAACGCCAAAGAGACUGAAAAUUUGAAAAUCGAGGACACCUCCAUCUGCACAGUGCAUAUUCCUGUGGAGAUGCACCGAGGCCCGGAGGUUGUGGAGAAGCAGUCUCAGCAGUACAUCCAGGAGAUGGAGACCAAGCAGAAAGACAGUAUUCAUGAGCACAUUGGGGAAAGACUGAAGAUCAAUUUGCUUCAGUCUUCCAAAGACAGGCUGCGGAGGAGACUAAGAGAAAAGAUGCCUUGUCUUUCCCUUUUCACGGACCAGGACGAAGUCACGGUAGAAACCACCAGUCCUGAAAAGAACAAAAUGGACAAACUAAUUGAAAUUCUCAACAGCAUGAGGAACAACAGCAGCGAUGUUGAUUCCAAGCUCACCACCUUCAUGGAGGAGGCCCAGAACUCUACCAACUCUGAGGAGAUGCUGGGGGAAAUAGUCAAGACCAUCUACCAGAAAGCAGUGACAGACCGCACCUUUGCUUCCACGGCAGCCAAACUCUGUGACAAAAUGGCCCUCUUCAUGGUGGAAGGAACCAAAUUCCGGAGCCUGCUCCUCAACAUGUUGCAG